CUCUGUCACAUGUUAACUCUCUUGCGCGUCUGUUGCGCACCAGACGCGCCAAACUGAUCCAUGUCUCGCGCCGGCAGCGGACUGCACCAGACACCAGUGAGGACCUGAGGAAUGGCCUCUGGACGGGAUGGAUCCAACUCAACCACAAACCUGACCAACCAGUUCGUGCAGCCGGCGUGGCGCGUCGCUCUGUGGUCGGUGGCUUACAGCACGGUGCUGGCGGUGGCCGUUUUUGGGAACUUGAUCGUGAUUUGGAUUAUUCUGGCGCACAAGCGGAUGCGGACUGUCACCAACUAUUUCCUCCUGAACUUGGCUUUCGCGGAUGUUUCGAUGGCCGCCUUCAACACGCUCAUCAACUUCAUCUACGCGACUCAUGGAGAGUGGUACUUCGGAGAGGUCUACUGCAGGUUCCACAACUUCUUCCCCGUCACCGCUGUGUUUGCCAGCAUCUACUCCAUGACCGCGAUAGCCAUCGACAGGUACAUGGCCAUCAUCCAUCCUCUGAAGCAUCGUCUGUCUGCAAAAGCCACAAUGGGAGUCAUCGUCUGUAUCUGGAGUCUGGCUGUGGUUCUGGCCUUCCCUCUCUGCUACUUCUCCACCACCAGAACUCUUCCCCGUAGGACCCUGUGCUACGUUUCCUGGCCCCGCACGGCCGACGACCCCUUCAUGUAUCAUAUCAUAGUUACCGUUCUGGUCUACCUGCUGCCCUUGGUGGUGAUGGGCAUCACUUACACCAUCGUGGGGGUGACGCUGUGGGGAAGUGAGAUCCCCGGAGACUCAUCUGAUAACUAUCUUGGACAACUCCAGGCUAAAAGGAAGGUGGUGAAGAUGAUGAUCAUUGUGGUGGUGACCUUUGCCCUCUGCUGGCUGCCGUAUCACGUCUACUUCAUCGUGACGGGUCUCAACAAGCGUCUGAGCAAGUGGAAGUACAUCCAGCAGGUGUACCUGUCAGUGCUGUGGCUGGCGAUGAGCUCCACCAUGUACAACCCCAUCAUCUACUGCUGCCUCAACAGCAGAUUCCGGGCUGGUUUCAAGAAGGUUUUCCGCUGGUGCCCCUUUGUCCGGGUGUCGAGCUACGAUGAGCUGGAGCUUCAAAACACAAGGCUUCGACCGAGCAGCAUGUGCACCCUCUCUCGAGCCAACACCAGCCUCCUGAGCAAAGACAAGAGCACUUGUUCCCGUGGCAACAGGUCAAAACUCAACUCCCAGCAGGAUAAUAAAGACAGUUAGUCGUCUCCACUGGGUACGCUGAGCCAACAUACGGUUGUUUUUGUGUUUUUUGACCUAAUAAAUAUGAAUUAACUCAGACAGUUGGUGGGUGGGGGUGAAAAGAACAUGGUGCUGUUCAGGAACAACAGGAAGAUAAUUAUCGUACUGUGGCUCCUGAUUUCUCCAUUUACCAAGAGCAGCAACAGUAGCUGUGACAUGCGGCUCACAGGAGGCAGAACAUAUAGAAAUAAUAGACAGAUAUUUGUAGAUUAAAUGUAACUUCUAUCUGUUUUCUUGGAAAUUCAUUGCACAUGCAUGUCCAUAAAUCUGCAGAGAAAUAAUAGAAACAACACUCAUAAUUAACACAUUCCUAAGAAUGCUUGCAUUUUUCAGUUUUCUUCGCUAUCAAAAUAAACUCACUGGUACAUAGAAACCUGAAUCUGGUGCACUUUUAAUGGAAAAUGUAAAUAAAAAAGUUUGGAAUCAAGUUGAAACCCAAAAUAAAUGGCAGCUACAGCAAGCGUUGAAUGUCACCAGGGGAUUUUUUUUUUUGUGGCCAACUUUAUCGAAAUUAAUGAAAUAGAAUUAAAUAAUCAGUUCUGACAAGUAAUUUUGUAUAUCACCAUAUUAUAUUAAAUAUAACAAAUAUAUGUGUACAUGUGUAUCUUUAUCUGCUGUAAUUAAUAUUUGAAACAUUAAUGCCUUUCAUUGAAUUGAAACGUGUAUUUUAGAGCUGGAUUUGUGAUAUCUUUUAUUAUAGAAUGCUGCUGUUCCUUAGGUUGAAUAUGUUUAACAAAGUGGUGCAAACGUGCAUGUUUUGUUGCUGUUUUGUUUCCUAAAAUCUAACUGGCAGGCUUUUUGGAUAAAUAAACAAAAUAGUGAGAUUAUUUCCACCUGUCAGUGAGAGAGAAAUGGUUAACAUAUACAUGCACUUUUAACAUUGGCAUUUUAUUUAUGCAUACAUGAGAUUUUUUGUUAUAAGAGGAUAUUUCUUACUUGUUUAUGUACUGCACUUUCCAUGGUUUGAUUGAUUUUGACAAUAAGGAUUUGAAGAUCAAAAUAUUUUAUGUCUGUAAAAGAAGAAAAAGAAGAAGAAGAAAGUCAACAUCCAUUUUGUUGUUGCACUGCGUCACCUCUUGUAUGAUAUUAACAAUGAUGAAGAGCUUGGGGUAGUAAUACAAAUAUUACAAUUUCUUUAAAACUAUGAAAGAUAACUUAAAAUUUUUAAUGGAAUGAUUUCAGAAACAUGUUUUUGGAGGAAUAACUGGAAAAUGAAAUGAUAACAGCUUUUCAUUACAAAGAUAUUGCAAGAAAAUGACCUCACCGGGUCAUUUUUGACCCACUAAUGCAUCUAAGGGUUAACGUUGCUCUAUAAACAUUAAAUCUAUGACUGCUACACUGACGUUAAAACGAAGCUGGUUGGAUCUUACCUGCUUUUUGUGACAAAAUGUAAAUUCACAAGUGCUGAUGUAAUUGUUGCUAGUUGGACAAAGCAUGUGCCAUUUUAAAAUGAACAUUUUUGGAGUGUUGUUUUACGAGUAUUUGUUCAUAGUUUCUGUAUAAUUGUACACAAGCAGUAAAGGUUGUAAUACUGUGAUAUUUUGGUACAGAAAAAACACAUGGACACAAAUUAUAACCAGUCUGAACAGUGAAUAUGUGUUUCAUUGUGUAAUGAUGAAAAAAUACUAUUAAAGCUCAUAUAUUCUCUGUAAUUGACUAUUUAGUUAGAUUUUAUUUCAGUCAUAUGUAGUGAUGAAUGAAGUCAGACUUUUACUGAUCAGUAGAUGUGUUUUUUUAUUUAACAUUAAUGGAAACAGAAAGAUAAAAUAAGACUGUAUGGUACUAGAAGCAGUUAACCCUUUAAGACCCACCAUUGUGCAAGUCCGCCAGGACAUAUUUUUACAUUUUUACAUGCUGUAGUGCCAUUUUUUGGAGUAUUUUUAUUUGCUUUACAUCAAAAUAACCCUGAUAUCCCAAAUUUUAAUCAUAUGUGUUGACUUAUGUCUUAACUACUACAAAAAAUUGCUUAAAAGUGCAAUAAACCUUAAAAAAAUGAAAAUCGUUUUUGUUUUUUUCACAUAUAUUUCAAAAUACAGAAAUUGCAUAGCUGUAUCCCUCAAAUUUGUAAAUGUAAAAAAAUUGCACAAU